GUUAUUUAAUUAAAGCGAGUGGUGUUGGAAACUGGAGGAAAAUAAGCAGACAAACAGCAUUAGAUGUUUAUCAGCAUAAGAACUUUGAAUUUACAUGCAUACGUAGCGGAAAAAUUCAACCAGAGAAUCGUUGAACCCAUCAAACAAAGAAAACCACUUCCAGCGGGUGAAUGAAAAUGUAAUAUUCUAUUUUACUGGCGUUGACCGACGAGUGAUUAUCCUGAACAACACAGCAUUUUCGGCGACAACAUGAGUGCCACGGUUAAACGCGAUAAACUCUUCAAAUCUUGGACUGGUAUUAGUGAAGUGGCGCUUAUUAAAGAAGUGGCCACCAAAGGUGAAAACAUUGAUCUCUGUAUUGAGUAUUGGGCACGCAAACGAAAACUGCCCCUAACGGAGUACCAACUCUUCUUUCAAGAUGUAGUGCAAACUUAUGUGCUCCGGCUGCUUACUGAGCGACUAGUGUGCAAAGCAGAAAUGGUGCUAUUGAAUGUGAAACGGGACGUUAAAUGCUUCUACUAUCAGUUCGCCUGCGAAUGCGUUGAUGAAGAACUACGUGAACUUGUAAUGGAUCAUCUGCAAAAGAAAGAUCCUCAGAAUUACGAGAGUGAUAUGGAAGAGUUGCAAUUUUAUUGGGAUUUGCUGCAGCAGCUGCAAAAGUGUCCGGAACUAUUGGCUAAGUGCAAAGUGCAACUACGCCGUGUUAACAUCGAGACACUAGUGCAUUGUAAUGAGUCAUAUCUACACAGUUUGCUGGCGGAGUUGUACUUCAUGAAUCGGAAUCCACUUCUAUUAGGUCGUUUGAAUAAAUUUAAUAUGUGGAGUCAUUUAGUUGAAACGGCUGAACUAAUGCAUUUAGUACGUUGGUGUACUCUAUGCGGCCAGUCCCCACAGCCGGAAUACACUGAAUUAGAAGUACUAUUUUGCGAGUGGACACUUGAAACUGAAAUGUAUGAAUACGCGCUAAAAACAAUAGAAAAUCCAAACGAAACAUUGCGUAACUGCUUUGCAGCUGCAGGGCACUUCUUUGCCGAUGAAAGAGACGAUGUUGCAUUAAUAGUGCGCCGUCUCUGCACAACUGAAAGUUUGGAGCGCAAUCAGGAGUUGUUAGAAAAGCUUCCAAGCGGACAUUUUUUGCUUAAUCGAGGGCUGCAUAUGUUGAUGUUGCGAGACUUUGUUAAGGUGCGCGAGCUUGAGGAAAUGCUUCCAGAAUUCCCAGACGAUGAGGCGCUACUAAAAUUUUUGGUAGCAAUUAAAGAAAAUAAACUAAAUGAGCUGGAAGGUUUUGAAAAAGUUUUCCAAGCGACCAAAGUGUAUCUAGAACAACAAGGCGUAGAUUUCAAUAGCUCGCAACCACUGGUCACACUGUUUGAUUUUCUCAGUAAUGAACCUAGUGUUGCAACUUUGAAAUGCUAUUUGCCCACAACAGCUUUGCAAAACAUUCCAUAUUUAAAGUCAUUUCCUAUCAGAAAUCCUAUUCACAACAGUGAUGCGAACAUAUCUUGUAUAACAAAUAAUUGCAGUAACGGACACAACCAAAGCAUGCCUACACCCUAUGACUUUCUGCGAAAAUUCAAGCACAUUGACUUAAAAGAAAUACCAAAAGAGUUUCAAACAGACAGCAUAGCAUCCUUCUCCAAUGAAAAGUUGUGUGCGAAAUAUGCUCGAAAGUAUAAACUAAAUUUUCUUCACUAUUUGAAACAACAACGUAGCUGCUAUGCGGUCUACUAUCUUGUCAUGGAUCACUUGCAGCAGUAUGGCCAACUGACCCGGGGGCAUCUCUUUAGUGCAUGCGAAACUGUUACCGAAAUGGCGUUGCAAUAUGCCAAUAACUCUGAACUGGUGGUACACUGUGUUGCCUUCAUCGAAAUGCUUGGCUACGAUUCGCAAUAUUUGCGUAAUUACUUAAAAUUGUGUCGCUUGUUGGAAGAAAAUGAGGAGGAGUUGUACCCGACGAGAGCUGAGUCACCCGCCAAAGGUUACUCGCGAUUAUUGGCACGCAUAGAAACCCUACUCCUUCAAAGCGUUGUGAAAGAGCCGACUGCUUUUCCUUUAACUGAUUAUCAUGCGCUAAUGCGCCUAGUUGCCUGCAGUGGCCAACGUCAAUGGCCUAUGAAGAUUUUGCAGUAUUAUGCUCGGGACGAUGAUUGGUGGCGGUUGCUGGUGCUGCUGCAAUACUUCGAGGUGCCGCUGACACAGCUUCAACUGUUGCUCGAGCAUUUUGAAACUCGCCUUAUGGGCGAACAUAUGCUGCGUGCAUUUUUGUGUGAGUUGCCACCGCAAACAAAGCGUCAUGCAAGCUUUUCGCGUCAGCAUAAGAAACCCGUACGUAAGGGCGAGGCAAAUCCUACAACAACCUCGGUCGAAACUAUUAACUCAUCGCUUAGUUCGGCUUGCAACGAUCCAAAUAAUGCACUAUUCCGGACUGCGCCCAGCCAACAGCGCCUGCACUUCCUACCUGAUGCUUGCGGACGUUUGGACAUUUUUGCAAUUGUACUACUCAGCAGUAGCGCCCUUAACGAGGAGCGCAUUAACAGUGCAGCAAAGUUCCUUGAACUAAUGCAAGAUCAGCAUGUGCACGCAACCUCAUGGAACUUGCUCAGAAAUUGCGUGAAAUAUCGACUGCCAGUUUUGGCUGUGCUAGCUGCCACUGUAAAUCCGGCCAACAUCGAUUGGCAGUGGCUUGUAUGGUUGGCUGUUGCUACUAAUCAAUGGACCGUAGUGCUGAAACUUGCUACACUUGAUAUACGAAAAGUGACUUGGCUGCUGGUGGAGACUGCGGUGCGUCAAGGGGAUACAAUACUGUUGCUACGAAGCGUCCGAAUCUUCUUUAAGGACAAUGCCUGCACGCAUUUAUGCCGUUUUCUGCAACGCACUCAACACAAGCGGUGCUUUGAUGACGAAGAUGUGCAUUCCCUACGCCUCUUUCUGCUAGCUUGGAGUAACGAUUCGUUGGAGAUGCCUUUUUGUGCAACACUGCCACGCGAUGAGCUCAUGCAGCACAGCAUACGCCUUCUUCUCGUGCAUUUACAACACAACUUUGACUCGACGUUGGAUCAGCAGAAGUUCAUUAGCUGCAUGUGUCGCUCCGAUAUGGGCGACAUGAGUGGCUUGAUGGACUUUUGUCUGCUGCAUGCCGUAUUCGAAGCACUUCAGACAAGUCCCGGUUGGGCCGAAAGUUAUCCCAUCGAUUUUGAGCAACUUGCACUGCACAACAAUCGUAUGUACACGCAACUUUUGGAAGUUUUACGCGAGAAGCGCGAAUAUGAUUUGGCUGUGCGCUUGGCAACGCUAUUGCAACAGCCCAUCAGUGAUAUUGUAUAUGCCAAAUGGGUCAGCAAGCUCGAGGAAGCUGAGACAAGAGAUGGCGAAGAGCCAUAUUCUGUUGCCACAUUCCAGCUUUACGAAGAUGAGAUAGCGGAACAUUCACUGCCACCGGAACUGCUUGUGAACUUUUAUCUUUAUGCGGCUGGCCGGCUUUUGAAGCCCUGCGCUCGCAAAUAUCAACUAUUGAAACGCGCACUUAAUGUUAUAAAACAGCAUCAUCUAUUUCCGAAUGAGUCUUUCGACCGGGAUCAAAUUGAAUAUGAAAUGAUUAUUUGCUACUUGCAGCUGGACGAUGAUACAGCGACUGAAAUGGAUGUAUACCAUUCUGAAUACUACGAACAGAUCAUGUUGAAUGAACGUGGUGUAUUAUAUAAGUCCUUCUUGGAAUUGAAGGAACUCGCCGGUAUUGAAGAUCUCAAUGUGAGUAUAAAGCAACCUUUAACCAAGCAAAUGGAAACGCGACUGGAAUCUUUGCUCAACUUGCUGCUGGACAAAGGCGAUAUUGUAGAGUCGCUGCGUUUGCAGGAGCUUUUCGAAUGCCGACCAAUUGAUCUACGAUUUGUGGUCUUUUGCAUGGCGCUUGCGGAGGGAGUGACAACAAUUUUCAGCAUGUCUUCAGAGGAACGGCAAAUGUUACGCGACAUAGAGAUAAGCUCUUUUGCGAAAUUCAAUAAACGUACACUGGAUAGUGGACUGCUGACAAGAGAAGGAAAAUAUUCAUCAACGAAAAUAAGCAGCGACAUGUCGGACAGUAGCUCCACCUUCGAAUUCGAGGAGAUACCCUCUAAGGAAAAGCGUGAAACCUUGGAGACCAUACAAGGCAUAGCCUCAAAGCUUACUUAUGGUGUAACUAUUGGGCGUCGCAUUGUGAUGGCCUAUCGCGCCGCAAUGUAUUUGGACAAAGAGUACCUGGAUGUGCUGCGCACUAAAGAUACAACCGUAUUGCUGCAAAGUGUCGCGGAGGAGAGUUGCCUGCACCGAUUGCUGGUUGUGAGCGACAUACUCACAUCAUUGCAUAUGACACCGCAAGAAAUCGCAGAGCUACUGGCCUCAGAAUUGACCACCGCCAUUGUACGUCCGCGCUUCUACAUUUUCACCGCCGAUCAGCAAUCUAAGAACGCUAUCAAGAAUGCGCCCGUUUGGGGCUACAACAUUGAUCGUGAUCUACAUCUUUUCCUUGAGUUGGUGCCCAACACAACUAAGCUAGGCAAUUGCUUACUGGAAUACUGUGACGCACUCAAAGCAUAUCGUAAAUUUCAAGACAAUAAACCCUACGAGCAUAAUACGGUCUUUGAGCGCCUUGCCGAAAUCAUACGUCGUUAUGGGCUACCAACUAAUAGCGGAUCCCAAAUAAACGCUUCCAUUCCACCGAUUACUACCGCCUCGACCGGAGGUGGUCCAAAGCUGCCACCGGCGCAGGUGUUGUCACACAAGAAGCAAAACAUCAUAUAUGUAGAGUUACUGAUCAAGGCACAUCAAUGUUACGUACAGGAAUGCUCCAUGGAGGGCAUAGCAAAUGUGUUGAAUCGCGCCAAAGCACUAAAUGCCGUGCUAACGCAGGCCAAAUCUUGGUCGCUAAUUGUGCGCAUGCUCAGCGGCAUAGGACGCUAUCGCGAAAUGUUCUACUGCUUUGAUUCGCUGCUGAAGAAUGAACAAUUUGAAUCACUACUGGGACAAUUCGAUGAAGAAAAAACGAUAGGGCUACGACAAGCCAUAAUCACAUAUUUGCGCGAAUAUUGUCCAAACAACGGGCGUGAAUAUUUGAAGCUGACGGCGUUGCAUUUUCUUAUGUAUCAGGAGCUGGCCGAAAUGUGGGAGCAAGAUGCACAAGCAGUGCUAGCAAAGGUGCUUAAUCUGUCGGCGGUGGGUAGCGCACAGCUACCUGAAAAAUUGUCCAUGGCCAAUUUGACGUCUGCAAAUCCAACGAAGACGUUCAUUCCCAAACUUCGUUGCACACCGGAUUUGCUCACACUGCUACAGCAGGCAAUGGAGUUUUACACGCAUGCCACCGAAAAUUAUUUGCUUGACAAUAAACUGCUGCUGGCACAACGUGUCGCAUCGUUGGCGGAAAUGAUGGCCAUGCAGAUUGAUUUGGCCAACAAGGCUCUAGAUCGUAAUGCACCGGAGCCGCAUCUAUGCGUUUGUGUGGUGAACGUACAGACGCGAGACGAAUUUCGUGAACUCAUCAAUGCGGAGCUGAGUGUACCGCAGGCCCUAAUACUCAGCCGUGCUUGUGGCUACGACAUAAAUUGGUCGGAAGUGCUGCUCUCGCAAUAUAUCAUACUUGGACAUACGAAUUAUCUUCAAGAAUAUUUACAAUAUCUUCAAGUCAGCGACAAUAUAAUUGACAAUACCGUUAAGGGUUUUCAACUUUAUGCGCAACACCAUCGUAUCAGUCCAGCUAUGGAGGAGCAUCUGGCGCAACUGGUGGCUUUGGUAAAAUCUGUCACACUCAAAUAUAAAUUGGCCUCUUUGCUCAGCCUCAAACCGAUUGUAAUGUCACUGCUCAACGACCAAACAGCACAUUACUUGCGGGAUACUAACUUCGGACGCAAUGAGAGUCGCAAUUUGCAUGAUAUGUGACAUAAUGUCAGAAUAUUUAUGUAUGUGUACAUACAAAAUAUUUAAUGGCUUCUCAAUGCAAUAAUACCUUUAUCAGGGCUUGUCAGUGUGUCUUUAGUUUUCUAAAGUUUAUCACGGUGUGAUUUAGAUUAGGUUAUUUUAAUCAUAUACAUAUUCACAUAUACGUAUUAUUCAUACACUUGAUACAAAAUUGCAUAUACACAUAUGUAUGUAAUUAAAUACAUGCAUACAAUUAGAUACUUGUAAAAUUUUAUCCUCGAAUUAUU